GUUUAUACUACAUAGAGGCUGGGCCGAGUAGUCAAUGGCCUCAAGGCGGGUAAGAAUGCAAUUCUUAGUGAAUCCCCACUUAUUAUGUCAAACAGGAUGAAGCAAAGCGGUAUUGAAAAGUAGUCAUGUCUUUGGGCGCAUCCGACAUAGACGAACAACUGGAGAUCCGGCUAGUCGAUGGUAUCAUCUACGCUUUCCAGGAGCAAACAACUGAAGACCGGGUGAUGCUCGACGGGUUCGGGAUACUCUGGGUAUGCGUAAGAUUUUACUGGCUUUCCUGUUACUAGUUUUGAUCUCGCCUAGGGAUCCGGUCGUGUAGUAAAAGUCGUAUCUAACUACUCGGCUUACGGUCGUUGUAAAGCAAUGCAAUGCGGAGAGGACUAGCUUCUCAGUCGGGUAAGUCUUUUGUGAUGGUUUAUUGU